CUUGGCUAGUAUAGGGCUUGGUGACUUGUCUUUCACCAAUAAAAGUCACUUGAGUCCGUAAAUCUACUCCAGAAGACAGUCGACAGCAGCAUUGAAGGGUGCUUGCAAAAUUUGUGUUUGAGAUUUUGAAAUAGGAUAUCAGCAACAAGUGUGGUUGUUUCGCAUUGUGAGAAGAGAAGUAGCGUUCGCCUGUCACGCAACGCUUUCGUAGCGGUAGCUAUGUCGCUGGAAACGUUGACGAUCGGCCUCGAUGCCGUCCCUCACCCGACGGAGAUGGCGAGAUCUGGGCUGCCCGCUCGCUACACCGACUGCCGUCCGAGCUUUCUCAAUCUGAGCUCGAGCCAGUUGAAGCACUCCAAGGACCACGAAGCACGGCCCGUCGUUCUGUUGACCGAGCAGGAUCGACUGCCGUGGUAUGCUGGCUAUGCGGAGACGAUCAACGGAGGAAAGAGCGCAUUCGUCAAUGAGGAUCAUGCAGCGUAUGACUACGAGCGCCUGGAGGUGUUCGUCACGGACCCGGUGAGCGGUGAGGAGAAACUACACUUCAUCGAGCUGUGGUACUUUGGUGUGUUUGAUGGCCAUGCCGGUGCUGGGGCGAGUAUCUUCUCCGGCAAGAACCUGCACAAACACGUCAUCGGAGCGAUGAAAAACAUCGGGCCGCUACUAGUGGAGGACAAUGAUCCAGUGUACGUGGAGAAGGCCACCGGUCCUCUAGGACCUCCAUCACCACCGGUUACCAAGGACUGUCUUAUCAAGGGUGCUCUGGAGCAGGCAUUCAUUGACAUGGACGCGCAGAUCAAGCGAGAACGCGCUACGUACAACAUCCCGGGCGGAUGCACGGCCAUUGCGUGUGUAUUCAUCCUGGGCAAGCUGUACGUGGCCAACGCCGGGGAUAGUCGCUCUCUCAUCAGCAGACAGAAACACCCGUCGUGCAUCAGCUGCUUGCUAUCGCCGAGCAAGGACAAGCAGUGCGACCUGGAGGACACGCCGCAGCUCUCGCAGGAGGUCGUCGAGGUGUCGCACGACUUCACGCCGGAGACUGACCGCAGUCGCCUGCAGUACCUGGCCAUGCUUCAGCCCAAGCUGCUGCGCGGUCUGUUCGGACGGCUGCAGUGGCAGCGACGACUGCGCAAGCGCGACAUGGACAAGCGUGUGAUGUGCCGCGACGCGCACAUGGAGGGCUGGGUGUAUCGUACGGUCACCGAAGAAGACCUCAGCCUUGCACCCAUGCUGACAGGAGAAGGCAAGCGGUCAAGACUUCUAGGCACCAUCGGCACGUCGCGGGGCUUUGGAGAUCACGACCUGGUCGGUCCCGGUGAUAUACAAAUCAAACCAUUUCUUACCCCAGCGCCGCAGGUGAUUGUGUAUGAUGUGUCCAGCCAUCACCACUCACCCAAUGAUGUUCUGAUCAUGGCCACGGACGGACUGUGGGAACGACUCAACAAUGAAGAGGCGAAUACUGUGGUCGAGCAGUGCCUCUCCAAGCAGCCGCUGACAGCCACCGGACGCUACAUAACGUUGGCACAGCAGCUCGUCCUUGCCGCUCGUGGCAACCUCACUGCCAAGGGUUGGCGAACAGCGUCCGAUGAACCGGGCAGCUAUGAUGACAUCAGCGUAUUCGUCGUUCCGCUGAGCAGGUGCCCGUUCAACCCGCUACCGCCGAGUGUUAUGUCGAAGGCUGCCAGCUCCAUCCAGGCCAUAUCAACAUCAAGUGCAGCAACAGCAGCCACGGAGGAACCUGCGGCCGAUACAGCAGCCGAAGGUGACGGUAGCGCGGAGCAGGCACCAGCCGAUGAGAGUGCGUCCCUGGAAGCGUCGACGGUCGACACUAAGGGUGAAUCAACGGACACGGUGGUCGGUGUGGCUGCAGCCAUUGCAGCAUCAAACACGUCAGAUGCAGAGGCAGCAGCAGCGGCCACGGACGACCAAGAGCCCGCUCUUUCCACGUCGCUAUCACCGCGCCAGCUUCAGGAGUCGAGCAUCAGCCCGAACCUGUCCAUUGAUUCCGAUAUGGUGCUGCUGGACUCGCUCUCUGCACGUAAUAUGCCGUCGGUGAAGGAAGGCAAAGGUGUGAGCGAAACCGUAGUGGGCGCUACCGCCGAGGUUGAGCAGGUCUAGGACUGGGCGUGCGCGGCGCACUGCAGUGCAAUACACAAACGCUGCUCGGUUCAGUGCACUCCUGCCACUCGUGUGCCGUUGUCAGUUCGGCGGGCGAUGGCCGGACAUCGAAAACUUGAAUUUGUCUACUAAGCAUUGAAUUACUGUAGUCCAUGUCCUCUUCUUGAAUGCCCGUGUGUCGGAGGUCAAUAUUUUCCCAAUCAUCCUCAAUUACUGUAGCCUUCGUCAUAACUUACAGUCACGUUAAUUUGACUUGAGUAAGUUUUGUUUUCUGACUAGCAAGGAAAUUUGUUCUAUUUUUUCUAUUACUGAACCUGUUUCCUAUUUUUUUUCUUUUCCGAAGAAUAUCAACUCACGCAGGGGUGAAAAAUUUACGUGGUCUUUUUUUCUUCUUCUCCAUAUUACACUAGUUUUACGAUUUUGCAGAUGCCUACUCGAAGUAAAACAAUACAAGUGGGCACUAGGCUGGGGCAGUCAGGACAGUGGCUGUUCAUUGAUUUGCUGUUCUCCAUCGCUGAUGCGUAACAUUGCAUGUUAUGAGGGUGAGGAUGGUACACUACUGCUUGAUGGAAUGUCACAUGCAUGUUUCUGUGCUACAGUACACUGCGCAUGGGCAAAACGAGGCAAGUGAUACUUGGAGUUGCAACAAAAAAAUAACUGUUUUCCAUUUUG